AUGGCACUGCGCAAAGCCAAACCUGCUGGCAAGUCCAAGAAGAGUCGGAAGAAAAAUAAAAGUCUACUCAAGGACAAGAAACAGCAUCUUAAGAUACUUAUCAAGUAUCUUGACCAUGACUUUGAAAGCACAAAAGAAAGCCUCUAUCCCAUGCUUAAGAAUGGCCUCAUCACAUUUGAGCUACUUUGGGCUUUGUGGAAACCGGAUACACUUGUCUAUGCCACAACGUACGGAAACGCAAGCGAGCCACGAGUGUUCAAAGUCGAAUCAGCGAAUUUACACCACAGCGUUAUGAGAGGCAGUUAUUAUCACAUUGAAGGUAAAUACAUGGAAUUCGAUGGCAAACGCUUUGGUUAUGGCAACACCUCAGUCGAGAUAGACGGGUUCCAAGGCGCCAAGAAGAUCAAGAGUCUUCCUUGUUAUCCGCUUGAAUACCACCAUAACGAGCAGAAACUCCGACUUGACUUGAUUGAAAGAGGCAAGAAGUUUGCGUCAUUGAGCGGUGUUCACUACAAAAGCUACAAGGGUAUUGCCUUCAUGAAGCGAAGAAAUGGCUCGGUUAUGAAGUUUAACAUCCAGUCCAGCAGAGUCAUGAUCGACCCGACUAUCUUUAGGAAGACCAACCCCAACUACAGCGUCUCGACUGUUAAGCCCAAGGACCCCGAUAUCAUCGAAGAAGAGACUUCGGAAUCGGAUUCCGGUAACUGUGCGUGUGGCUCAGAUUCGGAGGGUGCAGGAAUGGUGAAGUUUGUCAAGAAAGUCUACAAGGACGAGAACGGCGACGUACAUAUGGUCAGCUUUCCGAAAAGCUUGGUCAAGGAUGAGCCCGGAAACACCGAACUCGAUGAACUCCCCUCCAAAAAUGUGGAGGGGGAUGAUGACGAAGACGUGGACACCGUCGAUUUCACGGAUGAGGAUUAUCUCAUUGCCUCUCCGGUGGUACUUGGUUUCUCAUUUUCAGAAAAACAAUGGCUAGAGCUCGCCGUUUCCUGCGUCAAUGAAAUCAAAUGGAAUGAGAAGGCGUGGGACUCCCUGGUUCUGGAAGAUGGCACCAAGGACCUGAUCAAGGCCCUUGUGAAGUCACGCAAGUAUCACGCGGCUAACACUAUCGAUGAUGUUAUCCAGGGCAAGGGAAAGGGACUCGUCACCGUCCUACACGGACCUCCUGGAACUGGCAAGACACUCACGGCUGAAGGAAUCGGAGAAUUGCUUCAAUGCCCACUUUAUAUGGUAUCGGCUGGCGAGUUAGGAACAGACUCGAGGUUUCUGGAGGCAGAGCUGCAAAAAAUACUGGACAUUUGCCAUGCUUGGGGUGCUAUCCUCCUUCUGGAUGAGGCAGACGUAUUCCUGGAAAAACGUAACAUGCACGACAUCCAUCGCAAUGCCCUUGUGAGCAUUUUCCUUCGGCAGCUGGAGUAUUUCCAGGGAAUUUUAUUUCUCACAACGAACCGAGUAGAAACCUUCGACGAAGCCUUCCAGUCCCGAAUUCACAUCGCCUUGCGAUAUGACAAUCUCAAGUCUCCUGCAAAGCGGGCUAUCUUUAAGAUGUUCCUCGACCGUGUUCAUAAGCUGGGCAAGCUCAAAGUAGAACCAUUGACCGAGGAUGAUCUGGACUUACUGUCGAAGCAAGCUCUGAAUGGACGCGAAAUCAAGAACGUGGUGGGCUCGGCUCAGGAUCUCGCCGUUAACAAGGGUGAGGCUCUUAGCAUGCGCCACAUCAGACAGGUUCUCGAAGUUCAUGCCAAAUUUGGGCGGGAUUUGAAAGGAGGAUCUGGUUAUGAGGAUGCCAUGAGAAGCUACUUCUAG